GUAGUUGAAGGCAGGGAUUGACCCCAGGUGCUGGCAUAAAGUAUUUAUUUAAUAUGGAUAAAAAUAGCACCAUUUCGAGCUUUUAUUUUGCACUCUUCUAUGAAAUUUGGAGUGUCCAAUCACCAUCUGAAAAUAAAAAUCAGAGCCUGGUACGGAGCAGAGAGCGAGAGAGAGAGGGAAAAAGAGGGAGAGAGAGAUGUCAAGACCAGAGGGCAUGCAUGAACAAGAGUUCAAUAACCUUAUCAAGGUUCAUCUCUCCGUCCUCUUCUCACUAUCCUACUCUUUCUUCAUUGGCUCUAGAAUUCCCAAAGGCAAGCUCAGGUUCCUCUCUCUUUCCCCAGUCUUCUUCGUCUUCAUCCUCCUCCCUCUCAAACUUUCCUCUGUUUUUCCCACUGGUCUUAUCGCGCUGUUCAUCACAUGGCUCUCCACCCUCAAACUCGUCCUUUUCUCUUUCGAUUUAGGCCCUCUCUCUUCUCACCAAUCGAAAUCUCUCCAGAAUUUCCUCCUCAUUUCUUGCCUCCCAAUCAAAACCAGCCAAAGCCCCAAGAAAACCCCCAAGCUGCCUCUCAAUUCCCCGCUCAAAUCCCUUCUCUUCGUUCUCCUUUUGCCAACUCUGAACCAGAAACAGAAUCUCCACCCGAUCCUCCUCCUCGCUAUCUACUGCUGCUUGCUGUAUCUUCUAGUCGACGUCGUUUCGGGAAUCUGCAAUUCUUUUACGAAAGCCGUUUUCGGAAUGGAGUUGGAAAUGCCGUCCGAUGAGCCCUACCUCUCAACAUCGUUGCAAGACUUCUGGGGAAGACGGUGGAAUCUCACGGUCACGAGCCUUCUGCGAGAUGCCGUGUACACGCCGCUGAGAUCAAUUUGUGGGCCUUUAUUGGGCCGCACUGUUGGAGUCGUGGCGGCUUUCGUAGUAUCCGGGCUGAUGCACGAGCUGAUAUUCUACUACGUCACGCGCGAGGCUCCGACGUGGGAGGUCACGUGGUUCUUUGUGCUCCACGGAGUAAGCGUGGUUGUGGAGUCUAGGGUCAAGAAAUUGUUGGGCCGGCCCAAGUGGGGGGUUUGUUCUGUUGUGUAUGGGCCCAUGAUGGUGGCGUUUGUGAUUGUCACGGCCCACUGGUGGUUCUUUCCGCCGGUGGUGAGAAACGGGGCGGAUGAGAAAGCCGCAAAAGAAAUCAUGAGUCUUCUGGAAUGGAUGAUGGGAAAAGCAGGCCUUACCUCAUUACAUGGUUAAAUGUGUUCAUUUGAACUUCUUGUUUCCGGGCUUACAGUCCCCAAAGACAUCAAAAAUUGCUACUAUAUCCGUU